UGUGCGAUCGAUUUCUAAGGGGAUGAGCAGCGAUGGGGUUAUGUGGUCGAAUUUAAAUUGGUUGUCUAGUAACUUGUAAAAUAGGAAAGAAAUGGGUUUGUUGACUAAUCCUAGAGCCGGAAAUGGAAAAAUUAUUAAAUUUUUAGUACAAUGGGAGAAAGUUCUGUGCUUUUUCAUGUACAUAGGCGGUACAGUGUGGGUGAUGCUUCUAGCCCUGCCUUCACUUAACGAUAGUACUUACUUCUCGGAAAAUGCUCUGCUACCUGGUUUGGUUACGAAAGAAUCUAAUUUAGAGAGGACAGCGGAGCAAUUUCAUCGAGAGUUAACCGAGGAGAUGAAAAGGUAUCCCGAUGGAAUGCCGUAUGCCUGGAUAUGGGCGAAGCUCCAUCAGCUCCAUCUUGAUGUGUACGAGCAUAAUUUUACGCUCAAUUAUCCAUUCCGUGACCAGCAGUUUACAGGACAAAAUAUUUAUGGUAUCGUCAGAGCUCCAAGAGGUGCUAGAACUGAAGCAAUUGUCGUAAGCGUGCCUUAUCGUCCCAUAAAUAGUGUUCACCAAACUACAGCACCUUCGAUUGCAUUGUUGUUAGCAUUUGCAAAAUUUUGUCGUAAGCAGAAGUAUUGGGCCAAAGAUAUUAUAUUUCUUGUGACCGAACAUGAACAAUUGGGCAUGCAAGCGUGGUUAGAUGCAUAUCACGGGGUCACCAGUGGGCAGGAGGAUGUACUAAUAGCUGGUGACUUAAUGGGAAGAGCCGGUGCCAUUCAAGCAGCUAUUAAUUUAGAGUUACAUGCUAUGAGGAUUGGAUACAUAGAUAUUAAGAUAGAGGGACUUAAUGGACAGCUGCCAAAUUUGGAUCUUUUCAAUUUAGCUCAAAAGAUGGUUUCCAAAGAAAAUAUCCAUAGAUCUUUCCAACGUCGAUUCGAUGUAAAUUAUAAAAACAAAUUUAAGAAAUGGUGGUAUCACUUUAAUACGUUAAUGUCAAUGAUUUUCACUCAAGCAACUGGAGUACCAACAGGCAAUCACGGUCUAUUCCACAGGUUUGGAAUCGAAGCUAUUACUUUAGAAGGUUUCAAGAAAACAGACCGUGGUCGUGAAGCCAGUUUUUUCCAAGUAGGACGAGUCGUAGAAAGUAUAGUUCGUUCGUUAAACAAUUUACUAGAACGAUUUCAUCAAUCGUUUUUCUUCUACUUGUUACCUUCAACUGAUAGAUAUAUUUCAAUAGGAUUUUACAUGCCACCUUUGGUUUCAAUCAUAGGAUGCCUCUUUAUAAAGGCAUUUUGCUUGUGGUUGAAAUUACAAACGCCUCCUUCGAAACGUGAUGAUAAGAAAUGUGAUGAAGAAGAACCGAUUGAGUCAUUCGACAUUGGAGAUAUAGCAUCCGAAAUACUAUGGGCUCAUAUUGCUGGUGUAGUUGUGAUGUCAUCUCCUAAAUGGUUUACAUCGGUUGGUUCCUAUUUAUGGGAAUUACCGACAGAAAGUUCCAUCUACUAUGGCUUCAUUAUUAUCACCAUUUUAUCACUGCUAUGGCCUCUUUGUUUCAAACGGUCUAAGAAGUAUGAUAAUGUAGCACUUGUUUGUAUAAUAGCAUGGAUAGAGUUAGCUACCGCGCUGAUGUGCAUUUCUAUGCACAAUUUUUCACUAGCAUUACUGGCUGCUACCGUUUACGUUCCAGCAGCGUUAGUUAUAGCAUCGAAGUCAGUAUUAAGAGUAAGGUUACAGGGCUUCCUUUACAUCUUGUGGGCUUUCUUACAUCCCUUUGUGCUGGCAUCCCUCGUCGUAUUGGGAUAUACGUUUAUUAACUUUCCAGGAGAGGGUGUGCUACCUCUGCUCUCAAGAGGAGUCCAAGCAACGAAGCAAGCAUUUGUGUUCAGUAUUAUAGAUUCUAUGAUUUACGGCAACUGGUUUUACAACGUAACAGUUGCCGUUAUAUUGCCUAACUGGCUAUUAUUAUGGAAUGUUAUAUGUAGCAAAGACAUUGCCGACUCGUAACGACAAAGUGCCCGGCGUAAGGAAAUAGGACGGAAUAACCACGUUUUACCAAAACGUGCGAAUUCAAUUUCAUUAUUUUUACAUGCUGGUCCAAUUAAAUAAAAAGCAUUUCACAUUUUUACAAUGAAGCGUGAACCAUCUACAUUACGAAUAUCCAAAAUAUUUAUUAUCAGAGUAAUAUGGCAUUGUUGCUCCUUAAUCGUUCAAAAAGAUAAUCUAUAAGAAACUCCAUUGUAUCAUAAAAGCGGCUGAUUGUGUACAUUUUUUUACAUCAAACAAACAAAUAAAACGCAUUCUCUAUUAUGCCUAA